CCUCGGGACAGCUUAGAUAAGGCCUUUGCGGCACCUAGAGUUCUUGGCCCGUUACGGAAUUAUUUCAACUGCUGCGAGUCGUUGACCAGACGGACAAAAACUCGACAGCUCGACUAUACGCUGUCGACGACGGGGGAACGAGCACUGAGACGGAGGACUUCGAGUGACAGCUGUAGCCGUGCGUCGCGAUGGAAUUCCUCCUAACCACGCUGCUGGGCCUUAUUGCCGUUGUCGCUGAAGUUACCGCUCAGGGUGCCGGUGGAUACGACUUCAACGCCCAGAGCGAAGGGCAGCUAACCGGCCAGCUUUCACCACUGCAAGUGGCCGGAAUUUCGAUGGUGGUCGUCGCAUGCCUUGGUGCUGCGGUCGUGUCCAUGUUCUUUUGCUACUACGUCUACAAGAAGAACAAGGAGAACCUCGCCUUGCCCAGAUACUGAACCAUGACGAGAAACGUCGGACGAGGGACGACCUUUUGAUGUACAUAUAUAGAACUACAUAAUCAUUCUUUUCAUGCGCAGCUUAAGCCUUCUUUCAUCCUUUAUUGUUUUUUCACCUGAAUAAAGUUCCUUUUGUACGAUUCA